CGGUGAGAAAAAGGAAAGACCAUCGGCGGGUUAACAUUAGGCUUAGCAAAGCAAAAAAUAUCAAAAUUAAUGAAAAGACAUUUGUGAUGUUUGUUUCUUUAUAGAAAUAUGAAACAAGUUGAACCACUGAAAAAUAUAGACGAGCUCUUGAGCUGGGGUUGUAGCUCCGAAGAGGAACAUUUUCUUUCAAAAUUACCCGGCUUGCCCAAAAUUUAUUCUGGGUUGCCAAAUCGAAGGCGCACAAUGGUAUGUCACGACUUCAAAGGCGGCUAUAGAAAUGAUAAUUUUGUUCAGAUCUCGGAUUGCGAAAAAUGCGACUUGCAAAAUGAUUAUAUUUUCUUUCAUUGGGAUUAUUGCGACUUGUUUGUCUAUUUUUCGCAUUGUCUGGUUACGAUUCCUCCGAUUGGAUGGAUUUGUGCUGCUCAUCGUAAUUCGACACCUAUUUUGGGAACUUUCAUUACCGAACAUAAGGCAGGUUACGAAUUGUGCUGUCAGCUUCUGAAGGACAAAUCAGUAUCAGAGAGAUUGGCGGACCAGUUGGUCCUCAUUGCCCAGAAGUACAAAUUGCAGGGAUGGUUGAUAAACAUAGAGAACAAAUUGGACUCAGAGCAGAUUCAGCCUCUAUUAACAUGGCUCAAGUAUCUACGCACACAACUGCACGACAAUGUGCCUCAUAGUCAUCUGGUGUGGUACGACAGCGUGAGAGCAGACAAUGGUAAACUCCAGUGGCAGGACGAACUGAAUGGUCUAAACAUGCCAUUCUAUCAGGCAUGUGACGCAAUCUACCUCAACUACUGCUGGAAUGAGAAAAAAGUGAAGAACUCUGCGGAGAAUUCGAAACCAAAAGAGGUCAAUAAUGGCGGUACCGACCAAUUGUCACAGACGGGUGCACUGAAAGGUCCCUAUGACGUGUAUGUUGGACUGGACGUGUUUGGAAGGGGGUGUUUUGGAGGAGGCAAGUACAACUCGGACAAAGCUGUCAUAGUAUGUGCUAAAUUUGACAUAUCUUUGGCAAUAUUCGCUCCUGGAUGGUCGCUCGAAUGUGCCUCUGGUAAAAUUCAGUGCGAUAACUCGUUUCUAACAAGAGACAAAACUUUGUGGAGUAAAAUGGAACCUUAUCUACCUGCUAAAGAAUCAACCAUGAUCGAUCUUCCAUUCGAAACAAAUUUCAAUUUUGGACUCUGUCGGAAUCAAAAUGAUGGAGAGAGUUUCGACACAGCUCUUUACUCCUUAUGUUCGACUGCAACGUUCCCCGCAAAUGCGCUCAACUACAUGACUGGGAAUGUCAAAUAUCAAGGACUGGAAUUUUCUGAAGGGAUCUACCUCGGAUUAGACGAAUUGCUGAACCAAAAUUGCAUGUCAAUUGCAAAUUUGAAGUUUGACGGUGCUGAACAAAUAAAUUUAGAGGUUAAUUUCGAAUCUUUGAUUGAAGGUGGAAUUUUGUCUGCAGAUAUUGAGGUGGCAGAUAAGCUUGGUGGCAUCUUUGUGUGCGCAGUUUUGUUCGGAUUAGCUGACAAAAAUGAUUUACGUUCAUCGAAAAUCGAAAGAGUUCAAAAGAGCUUGUUUAGAGAAGAUGGCAAUAAAAUAGAGCAAGUUAAGUUAUUUGUGAAGAUUGAAGCUGAUUUUGUGAAGACAGUUGAUACAAAUAAAAGUGGCCCAAUUUUGAAGUUUAAUCGUAUAAAGUUAAUUUAAAUAUA